AGGUCUGCGUUCCGUGGAGAAUAAUCCUGUCUUGCCGGAGUGGAUUAAAGAACUUCCUGAGCCGGCGUGCGCACUGUUGAUCGACUCGCGACACAAUGACCAGGCUGAGUUGAACAAACAACGCGAAACUAUUGAGAAGGAGAUGAAGAAGUUUAAUGUCAUAAGAGACAUUCCCUUCACGCAGGAUGCUAGGGUAUAUAAGAUGUUGUGGAAUAUCAGAAAAGGUAUGUUCCCAGCUGUGGGAGCUGUUCGAGAGACUGGCACCACAGUUAUAAUAGAGGACGUUGCGGUGCCACUGCCCAAGAUGGCCGAGGUUGUAGUCAAGUUGCAGGGGAUAUUCGACAAGUACAAUUAUUCUGAGGCUCUCAUUUUUGGCCACGCACUUAUGGGCAAUUGUCACUUCGUUUUCACGCAAAGAUUCGACAGUCAGGCCGAGAUUGACAGGUACUCAGCAUUCAUGGAAGACGUGGCCCAAUUGAUUGCAGUUGAUUACGGAGGCUCUCUCAAAGCGGAGCACGGCACUGGUCGCAAUAUGACGCCCUUUGUUGAGUUGGAAUGGGGCAAGCAAGGCUACAAUCUCAUGCAGCAGAUCAAGAAAAUUUUUGAUCCGAAUGCUAUUUUGAACCCUGGUGUCAUCAUCAAUGAGGAUCCUAAUGCCCAUGUCACUCAUUUGAAGGUGCUGCCACCAGCCCACCCAAUCGUGGACAAGUGCAUCGAGUGUGGCUUCUGCGAGCCUCUGUGCCCUUCGAAGAAUCUGACACUCACACCGCGUCAGCGCAUCACCACGUGGAGAGAGAUCUCUCGAUUGCGCCAGAACGCUAAUAGCGAUUCGGAUGUCCGCCGUUUGCGCAACCUUGAGGCUGCUUUCGGCUAUCUUGGAGAAAAGACUUGUGCAGCAACGGGAUUGUGUGCUGUGCAGUGUCCCGUAGGUAUCAACACAGGCAAACUAAUCCACCAUGUGCGUGCAGUAAAUGCUAAAGGCUGGCAUGUCAGGUUUGCCCGAACCAUCGCAAAUAAUUUUGCUUUGUUCCGAUCGACUGCCACCCUUGGACUGAGGGUAGCAUCUCUCGCGCAAGCUACUAUUGGCGUGGGUACCGUUGCGGCUAUUUCGCGUGGGAUGGGAUUUAUAAGCGGGGGGCUUAUUCCCACCUACGGCAAGUUUAUGCCGCAUGGUGUGUCUGGGUCACUUCCGACUGUCAAAGCCGCCGCGUCUGCUAGUGCUGCUGCGGCUACUGGCCCCGCAAAGGUCGUCUACUGGCCUACUUGUGUAUCUAUGACGAUGGGUGCUUCGAUCCAAAAUGAAGAUCAGAGAAAUUCGAUGAAUUCUACUACAAAUCUUCUUGCAAAGGCCGGUUUUGACGUUGUGUACCCGAAGAACCCUGGUGCGCUCUGCUGUGGACAGCCUUGGGGAUCGUUGGGUUUCCACGCCAACGGAAAUGACAAAUUGAGCGAGCUUAACAAGGCCCUUCUAGAGGCCUCUGAAAAUGGCAAAUAUCCUGUCGUCUGUGAUACAUCACCUUGCGCGCUACGCGCCGACCCAAAAUUUGAAGGCAGAGGAGUUGUAGAUGAUAGAAUCCAAGUGUAUGAUCAGGCUCAGUUCGCGCACAAGUUUCUGCUAGACAGGCUAACGAUUAAAAAGUCGUCUGAGCCUCUGGCUUUGCAUAUAACAUGCUCAACGCAAAAGCAAGGGCUGGACAAUGCCAUGAAGGCUGUCGCAGAGGCCAUAUCAUCCAAGGUCGUCAUCCCCGCUGAAGUGACGUGUUGUGGCUUUGCUGGCAGCAAGGGAUUCACGCAACCCGAAUUAAAUGCUGCGGCUCUGAAAACACUUAACGCGGCCAUUGAGGGAUGUGGCACAGGAAUGUCCAACAGUCGUACCUGUGAGAUAGGGCUGACCAGAAUGAGUGGGAUCACCUACGACUCGAUAUUCCAUCACUUAGACCGUCAAAGUUUACCCAAAUCCCAGUCGGCCCCUUGAGGACGUCUACGACUUGCAUGUACAAUCAGUUGUAUUCGAGUUUGAAUAUAUAUGUUUGUGCUUCGAGUAUACACUUGUAUACCUGUUAGUGUGGGAAGCUGCUGCGGGCAUGCGGGUAUGUAAUAGCAUCAGAAAUUGCGUAUCAGAUAAUGUCAAAUACUUCUAGAAGUCUCCCUUGGCGAUUGUUGUGAGUACACAUCAAACAAAAAGAGCUCGAGGCGUAUGUGACUUCUCUACUCGUUCUAUAGAUAUCUGGGAUUACUACACAUAACAAUUAUACCCCGGGCAGAUGAUAGGUACGCCACUUCCAAUAGCCUACCGCUACUCACGUUUGGCUUGUAUAGUGCAAGCAAUGACUAAAGCUCCAGUCAAAGUUGAACAGUUGGGAAAACGCAAUAAAUGGAUUACAAAAAUAUGGUCCUGUACUAAUCCUC